AUGUGUUUGAACUUGAAGACGUAUCGCAGACAACUAUACACCCCAGUUAAAGCGACGGUAAUGGCAGCAGUAUCAUCUACAGGGGAGCCCGACUAUUACACGCUGUCAAUGGCUGUGAAUGCACAUCAACCACGCGACAGCAAUGACAUUCGUACCAUUAUACCUGGACGCAAGCGUGUGGCAACGGCUGAUCGAUAUGAAACCGUGACAUGUGUUAUGUAUGCACUUGUGGCAUUAUGUACAAGCAUUCAUGCAAUGCAUGAAAGCUGCAAUACGAGGCGACAGCAAUGGCAUUAG